AACGACUUCUUCUUCUUCCUGCUCUACCUUCUUGGCUUUUGCCUCUGUUCCUCUUCCAAGAUUUGCGAGAUGGUGGCGGUGACCGGGGGCAGGCCCCCCGGCCUGCAGGAUGCGCCGGGGGCACCACCACCAGCACCAGCAGCAGAGGCUGUGCCGUCGCGCCCGCUCGCGCGGGACGCGACUUACGGAGGCCGCGUGUACGGUGGCGUAGGAGGAGGAGGAUGCUGCCUCGAGUUCCUCGACUGCGUGCUCCGGGCGAUGGGCGUCGCCACCCCGGCCGAGAUCAUGCCCCCCGCGGACUUCAGGUGGGCCGCGCGCCCGAUGCGGCGGCGCCGCCGCGGGGGCUCCUCGUCCUCCUCCUCCUCGCCGCGCGACCGCGAGCCGAGGGACGGCCGGAUCGCCGCCAACGGCGCCUCCGCUGCCGCCUCGCUCUACACGAUGCGGGGCAACAAGGGCGUCAACCAGGACGCCAUGCUUGUCUGGGAGAAUUUCUGUUCAAAGGAAGAUACAAUUUUUUGUGGUGUUUUUGAUGGCCAUGGACCAUAUGGCCAUUUGGUGUCCAAGAGGGUCAGAGAUCUCCUCCCUAUAAAGUUGAGUGCAAAUUUAGGAAGAGAUGGACACAAAGAAACUUCAACUAACAUUGUCACAAGCAGCAUGACUGAAGGUGGUGGCACCGAACGCAUGGAUAGAGAUACUGAAACUCCCCUGGGAACGGAGGAGAAUGGAGACUACCCCGAGAUGUUUGCUGCAUUAAGAACUUCAUUAUUAAGGGCAUUUUAUGUAAUGGACAGGGAUCUUAAGUUUCAUAAAACCAUUGACUCUGUGUUCAGUGGUACUACAGCAGUCACAGUGAUCAAGCAGGGACAUGAUCUCCUGAUUGGAAACUUGGGGGAUUCUAGAGCUGUCUUGGGAACUAGAGAUGAAUAUGACCAGUUUUUUGCUGUACAAUUGACAGUUGACCUGAAGCCUACCAUUCCAAGUGAAGCUGCACGAAUUAGGGAACGAAGUGGCAGAAUAUUCUCUCUGCCAGAUGAGCCAGAUGUUGCUCGUGUUUGGCUUCCGAAGUACAACAUGCCAGGGUUGGCCAUGGCAAGAGCAUUUGGAGACUUUUGUCUAAAGGAUUAUGGUCUAAUUUCUAUGCCUGAUGUUUCCUACCACCGCAUCACUGAAAAGGAUGAAUUUGUUGUGUUGGCAACUGAUGGGGUGUGGGAUGUACUUUCCAACUCAGAAGUUGUUAGCAUUGUCAGCCAAGCCAAGUCAGAAGCCUCAGCGGCACGAUUUGUUGUUGAAUCGGCUCAACGUGCAUGGAGAACACGGUUCCCCACAUCAAAAAUUGAUGACUGCGCUGUUGUCUGCCUGUUCUUGAAUACAGAUGCUAGAAAUAAACCCCCCGGUUCAGGAAUCAAAGAUUUGGCCAAUGCCAUAGAACUGGGUGGUGGUAAUCUUUUGACCAUCAAAUCAAGCACUAGGGCUCUUACCGAUCUCGUUACUGCAUUGGUAACAGGUGAUGAGUGGCCUGUCCUUGAUGGUGUCUCGAAAAAUCUGCGAUAGCCUACUUAAGUUGCAAGGGAAAGCAUAAAAUCCGUACUUGUCUAUGGAUUAGGAUAACCAUUUUGCCCAAGAUUUGUGCAGCUUAUUAUACUUGCAAUGAUUCUUCUGCAUGGGAAGACGGAGCCAGUUUACUUUGCUUGUUGGGGAGUGGUUGCUUGGUUUAUUCUGCACUGCAAUUAGUGGUUCUAGGACCUCUGUUUCAGUUAUUCUGUAAAGUAUCAAAUCAGCUUAGUGCAAGUCUAAAGAAAUUCAGUCUAGUGCUGUGGUAUUAUUACAUUUUGUUCAUAAUAAUAGCGAAGAUUUAUAUGUCAAGUAUCAUUUUUGUUCUAUUAUUUCUGUUUCAGAUUAAGUUUCUAUGGAACUGUAGGCUUUGUUAAACUUUUUGUCCAAGUCUUUUUAUCAUAUUAUUGUGGUUUUUGACAAAA